UAGAAGAGAGCAGCAGUGUGGUGGGGAAAAUUUUCAUUGAUCAAAAUAAUAGUGAACUCCUUACGUUUUGUAUUUUUCUUUUUAAAUUGGGCAAAAUAUUGCAUAUAUUCAGUAAUGUUCUGAAUUUUUAAACGUGCAUGUGAUUGAAGAUACUUCAAAAAAGUUUGAUAAUUCAAAGGGCAGCGCAAUGACCGACAAAGGUACUACCACGGCCCAGCCGCUGGUGAAGAUUGGACAUUACAUCUUGGGAGCGACACUGGGGACAGGAACCUUCGGCAAGGUGAAGAUCGGUGAGCAUCAAUUAACAAAACACAAGGUGGCUGUAAAAAUCCUGAACCGUCAGAAGAUUAAAAGCCUAGAUGUUGUGGGCAAAAUUCGUCGUGAAAUUCAGAAUCUGAAACUGUUUCGACAUCCUCACAUAAUCAAACUGUAUCAGGUGAUUUCCACGCCAACCGAUAUUUUCAUGAUUAUGGAAUAUGUCAGCGGUGGAGAGUUGUUCGAUUACAUAGUAAACAAUGGGAAACUGCAGGAAUCGGAAGCAAGACGAUUUUUCCAGCAAAUUAUAUCCGGAGUCGACUAUUGCCAUCGCCAUAUGAUUGUUCACCGUGAUCUGAAACCGGAGAACUUGCUAUUGGAUCAUAAUCGUCACGUUAAGAUUGCUGAUUUUGGCCUCUCCAAUAUGAUGUUGGAUGGAGAAUUUUUACGAACAUCAUGUGGAUCACCUAAUUAUGCAGCACCGGAGGUUAUCUCAGGAAAAUUGUACGCAGGUCCAGAGGUGGAUAUUUGGUCUUGUGGUGUGAUAUUGUACGCUUUGCUCUGUGGAACUCUUCCAUUCGAUGAUGAACAUGUGCCCACGUUAUUCCGUAAGAUUAAAUCUGGAAUUUUCCCUAUUCCUGAGUAUCUGAACAAGCAAGUGGUAAGUCUGCUGUGUCAGAUGCUGCAGGUUGAUCCGUUGAAGAGGGCUACCGUCGAGGAAAUUAAAAAGCAUGAAUGGUUCCAAAAGGAAUUGCCGGCCUAUCUGUUUCCCUCUCCGGUAGAACAAGACAGCAGUGUCAUCGAUACACAUGCGGUGACGGAAGUUUGCGAUAAAUUUGGCGUCAAAGAGCAAGAAGUACACAACGCUUUACUGAGUGGUGAUCCACAUGAUCAGUUGGCUAUUGCGUAUCAUUUAAUCAUAGAUAAUAAACGCAUUGCUGAUGAAGCUGCUAAGGCCGAGUUGAAGGAUUUCUACGUCGCUGUAAGUCCUCCCCCAGCACCUGUUCUGCAACCGGAAAGGCAUACUCCGGUGAACGAGCCAUUUAAAUCGCCUUCUAUCCAUCCUGAAAGAAUUGCACCAUUACGAGAGCGAGCAACGGGCCCUGGCAGUGCACCUAUACCGUCGCCAAACAUUACUGCUACAGCUUUACCGAUAGAUAAACACCGUGGUACGCCAGUCAAACGAGCCAAGUGGCAUUUGGGUAUUAGAUCUCAAUCUAAGCCUAACGACAUUAUGCUGGAAGUUUAUAGAGCAAUGAAAGCUCUCGACUUCGAAUGGAAAAUUAUCAAUCCCUAUCAUGUCCGCGUUCGCAAGUACAAUUCCCGCAAUGAUAAGUACGUCAAAAUGUCAUUGCAGUUAUAUCAGGUAGAUACCAAAAGCUAUUUGCUGGAUUUCAAAUCUCUCACCAAUGACGAGGUGGAACAAGGAGACGAUGUGAUCAUGGAAAGCCUUACCCCGCCCCCUCCUGUUGGGUUUGGUGGGAUGGGCAUUCCGAACCAACCGACCGGGCAUCAUACCAUGGAAUUUUUCGAAAUGUGCGCCGCACUUAUUAUUCAACUAGCUCGUUAAGAUAUUUUACACCGGCCGAUGCCAUUUGUUGAUAGAUCAGUAUCCAAAGUUUAUUUUAUGUAUUGCAAAUGAUCAAUAAAGAUGCCAUUGAGUAUACAGCAUA